AUGAGUGAGUAUAUGUUCGAUAUAAACCACGCAGGCGCUUCCAGUAUUUUUUCGGAUGAAAGUGAUCUCGCUUCUGAUAUUGAAGCCGAUUUGCAAGACCUGCCCAUUGAAGAUGGUUUUGAUGGCACAACUUUCAGUCUUCCAUCUGCAUCCCCAUUUACUGGUAGUUUUGCUUCUCUUCACUCCGCUGAUGUUUCUGAUGACGCAUUGUUCAAUCAUUCCACUACCUCAAAACCCUCACACCAACAGCAGCAAAGCUGCCAAAACUAUAUUCGUUCUGCUUCCCUCAGAUCGGUCCAUACUCAGUUGUUGAACUCGAGUUUAAAGCUAAAUUGCGGGUCGCCUAGUUGCAUUUCCUUGCAAUCUUUCAUAGUGGUAGGAACUAAUAACGGGUUUUUGUUCGCUUUCGAUCGCCGUCAAAAAUUAAUCUGCUCCAUUGACACGAGUACCACAGAUGUUGGCUCUGGUCAAGGUGCAAUCACCUCACUUAGUCAGAAUCUAUUAAGCACCCGUCUUCUCACUGGCUUUGCUAGCGGUCGCAUUGCAAUGUGGCAAUUGCCAAAGACAUCAGAUGGUACUGACAGCGAUGAUGAGAAAGGUUUUGACGAAGAAGUCGCUCAAACAGGUUCUAAGAACGACCUCAAAUCCAAAAAAGUGAACUCGUCUUCGUUCACACUACUACGAAUUAUCGAUGACGUUCAUCAACAAGGCCAAUCUAUCAUUGUUUGUGCCUUUACGUCCUUGCCAACUGUUGCCGUGUCUGUUGAUAGCAGUGGGUCAGCUUAUGAAAUGGACUUUAGGAGGGGAAUUCUUGGCCGCAGUACUUUUUCUUCGUGUUUUUUCUCAGGCAGUCAUGGAGAAAUUUGCGCGAUUGUACCUCUGCGACCAACUCAUACUCUUGGCCUCUUACAAAAUUAUCAUCGUCAGCCUGCAUUUCGUGCGCUAAUUGGUUCCGCAAUUGUUGCUAUGGCAUCAUUUACCAAGGUCAUCGUGGUGGCCCUGAAGCCAAAACUCCGAGUUAUCUUUUGGCAACACCUUAAGGGUUCACCCUCCUGUCUUCCUCAAUUGACUUGGUCCUGGUGUUUCUCGGAGUCUCAAAAUUCGGAAGAAAGCACUGCUUAUUUGGGAUUUGCUCGCACUUCCACCCUCUACAUAUCUCGAAUAACUACUCGACCUCUUUCCAGCUCUGUUGAGGUACCUUCAGGAGCUUGUGUAUUUAGUAUUGGCGGACAUCAGUUUGUACAUCGAAUUCAGCUCAUUCGUAGUAUCUCUGUUGAGCAGAGCAUUGUAUCAAUGCAUUUCUUCACGUUGGAGCAUAUUGCUUUCCUUGACGCCGAAGAGAUUCUUCGAGUUUACGAUCUUUCGGUUGGGCAGGAGGUUGAGUCCCUAAAUCUCUCUACCAUUCAAAUUUGCUACAAUUCGACUGCCUUUAAAGCUGUGGUAAUUGGUGGCAAAGUUAGUGAGGCACUUGCUUGUGCCAGUGAACGGGCCUGCGCGAAUUCACUCGCAUCCUCUGGGGGGAAAUUGCUCGUUUUUGGUAAAAAUGCAAUCACGUUGGUAUCUCUUAAGCCCUGGACAGAGCGUGCUAUCAGUCUUUUCAAGGCUGGUAGGGUGGAAGAAGCCUUGAAUAGUUGUUGUCAAGUUCUGAAGGAACAGUCACCAUCAAGUGUGAAGGAAUCUCUUCUUGAAGUUCUGUCUCACAUGCCUCUGGCACAUGCAAAAAGACGGCCCACGCUUCUGGCCGCCUCUAUGCUUGUUGAAAUUUGUGUGACAGCGGAUUUACAGGACUUUCUUCAGUCAUCAGUAAUUCCAGUCUACCGACAGGAUCCAUUGUCUUAUCCUCUUCUACUUCGCUCUAUAUGCCAACGACUUCUCACUCUACCACCCAUUUAUGCAUCAACUGUUCCCACAAAUAUCAAUGAUUGCUAUCUUCGCUGUCUCACUCCUGAUGUUACUAAGGAGAUGCUUACUUGGUGUGUUCAUGGUCCCACUAUCGAUCUUCCAGAAUCAACCCAUGUUAAGAGUUCCUCUUCACUAACGGACAAAAGUCUAAGUACAACUUCUUUGAGCAUAUCUGCUCUACGAAAGUCGUCUACUCAGAGAAUGGAGAACGGUCGUCGUUUGGCUGAGUCAUGUCUUAUCCCUAAAUCUUUUAUUCCAGUUCUCAAGUUCUGCUUAUCCAACGGACUCUACCAAGGCUUCAUUUACAUCUAUGCCUUUGUGCUGAAGGAUCACGAAACUGCAUUCCGAUGGCUUACAGAUCUCCUUAUUACAAGGGCCCACUCUCCUGACGAAAGAAAAGUCUCCGUCGGUACUACUACUCGGCCUACAUCAGUUCAUUCUAACUCUUCUUCAACCGACUCGUUGAGUAAUCUAAACACAAAUGAAGCUGUUAAUGCCAUCCUGCUAUUUCUUCGAUCUUCUUUCGCCGGGGAAGAGGUAUUCAAUAUUCCUCUCGAAUCCCCUUUCUAUCCCGAUGUCCCCAACAAGGUUUUCAAUCUUCUUCUCUCCUCACAAGUAAUUUCCCCUGAAGAUCAUGAAAAAUCAAUCCUUUCUCAGCCUGCUACCAUGGCCACAUGUGCAUCACCACGUUUGCGCGUACUCUUGCAUUUUGGUGGUACUGCAGAUCUCCUAAAUAUGUUUACACUAGUUCUCCGAGAGAGUAAAUUUUUUGCUAGCAAACAGCUCCCAUCUACCGCUCAAAGCUGUCAUCUUCGUCAAAGACUCAUCACUACUCUGUUCGCCUGUGCUCUAGAUGAACCAGGUCAAAAUAUACUCCCCAUUGAAGUCGGCGAUUUAAUACGUCUUUUGUGUUUCAUUUGUGAACAAAUUCUACAGCCAGAAAAUAUGGAAUUAACUUUCCAAUCCCAAAAGAUAAUUGAUGUACUGCAGUUCAUUGCCAAGCGCUUUGAUAUUUGCACGGAAACUGAACUUCCAUGGUUGGAUCUUUCAGAUGUUCUUCACCGUCUCCUAAAAGCCCAAAAACUGGAAGCUUCACCAGAAUUGCUGAAAGUAGCUGAGAGCAUUUCCUUGUGUGAUUUUUGUGAACAUGUUUACCUUCGCCAAGGUAAUAUGGUCGCUGUGCUGUCCUGUCUUCUUACUAGUCUCUAUCGUGUCGCUUCGACCCGACCAAUUCGUAAUUUAAUUCAAGCACAAGAUCUCGUUUCCCGCAUCUAUGUCUUUCUCAAUAACUAUCUAACGUCUGAACAAACUGGUUCGAAUUUCAGUCCUAUAGUCAGCAGAUUUCUACAGAGUGUUGAAAUCUACUCUUACUGCGAUCCUCUGCGUUGCCUCUUCCUGUUAGUUCUAUCACUUGGUCCUUCAAUGCGUCGCAUUAUUUACAUUCUAGACGCUCUUUUUAUGAAUAAUGGACAAAUCCAAAGUUGUUCUCUCGACUUGCAAGCUUAUCAACCGUUCGCCGAUGAAAAGCCGGGAUUUUCUGCAGAGGGUCCACACCAUCCAGCUACAAUUUACAUUUUGAGGCAAUUUUAUGAACUCAUGCAUUCUGAAAUGCCAGAGGCGGAACGUGAACACGCAGUUGCCAGAGUAAACGGUGAUACUAGUCUCCGUGUACUCCUUGACGAACUCCUUUCGAAGUCCGAUCCUCUAGUUGCUGAACUCUACUUUCGUCUCUUGCUUGCAUCCACCAAUGUUGAAGUUGCAGACAUUCAGGAAAACCACCAUUCUCUUUGUAAUUUCCUUAGAGUAAAUUGUGAAUACCGAGCACCUAUUCUACUUGAGCUCUUGGAUGAGAAAUCUCAUCCCCAAGAACUCGCUUGCAUUUAUGAGAAGAUUGGCGACCGAGAAAAAGCGAUGGAACUUUUAAAAAAGCAUUUUCUUGAACACUGGAAGUCUCUAGUUAAAGGUAAUGACAAUUGCUUAGUGGAAAAUCCAACGGUUCCCGAAGAACUCAUGGCUAGCGCUAAAACGUGGUUCGAUUUCGCAGCUCGCCAGUGCAUUAGCAAGCGAUCAUCUGAUAAUGAGCCACCAUGGUUCAUUAUAAUCGAUACAUUCUCGGACUUGAGAAAGGGAAACCUAUCAGAGCAACUAACUCAACGUUUAAACGUUCUAUUUCAUAAACUCCUUGAAUCUGCUAAUCCAUAUGUUCCAACUCCGGCUCUAAUUAACCGGGUUCUGCAUCUUUCUGACAAAUCGGUAUCCAACUUAGGUUCUGAGACCAAUAAAUUUCUACUCCAAUUGGUGGGUGUGUGGCAUAAAGAGGUGAAGUUAAUGCAAGAUUGCCAUCGACUCAUGACCAGUGACGUUAGCUCUAGUGAGCAAGUUCUUGUCUCUGCAUUGAAGCGAGGUGUUGGAAUGCGACGCUAUAGCUGUGCCCUCUGUGGACUCGGUUUUGCUCUAAGAUACAGGCGUAUGCGUUCGACGGUUACCUACGAUCUAUACACCGGCGGCUUUACCACUAUUGCGCAACGUAUGCCCUCCUCUUUGGAAAUAAUGGUGCUGUGGUGUGGGCAUGGAGUACACGUCGACUGUUAUGAAAUCUACUGUGAGCUUCUGAAAACUCGAAUGUCGGGAGUUCUUAGCGAAGAUAAAAAAUACAUUUGCCUCCAGUGUAACAAUUUUAUCGAUUCAUCAGCUCCUCCACCUCUUUCUGGCCGUGGCAGUAGUCAAGCGAAUAGUCACUCGACACUCCCCAUUCCACCCCAGCAUUUACUCGAUGCCUUCGAUGAGAUAGAAAUCUCCCAGCCUUAUCAUAGAUGUAAUCAUCAGCUCAAGAUUCGAUUUGUGGAACUAUUACUAGAGACUCAAAGUCCUCAAUUUCGUGCCAUAACUCCAAAGCGGGCCUCUUAA